AUGUUGCCUCAGUUGGCAUCAACUCUGCUUGUCUCCUUCACUAGUUUACUAGGAAGCAAGAACUCCGGUGCUCCCAAGGAUCCUGCUGCACCAAAGCGUCCUCCAGGAGCGUUUUUCAUUUUCAUGGAGGACUUCAGAAAAUCAUUCAAAGAGAAUUUUCCUGAAAACAAAUCGGUUUCCAUGGUCGGAAAAGCUGGUGGCGAUAAAUGGAAAUCAAUGUCUCAUGCUGAUAAAGUUCCUUAUUUUGAAAAAGCCCAGAGUAGAAAAGCAGAGUACGCGAAAGCUCUCGAAGCAUAUCAGAAGAGAGUUAUUGUCGAUAUGAUUAUUGAGAAGCCAGCAGAAUCCGAAAAGUCCUCCUCAGAGGUUCACGAUAAUGCAGAGCAGGAAGCCAGUUCUUAGGUAUAAGAACUUCGAUUCUAUUAUAUAUUAUACACGCAUGUACAGGUUU